AUGCUUCCAACUCCGGAAGUUGCUGUGGACGACAAUGUGUAUGAACCAGCAGAGGACUCAUUUCUCCUACUAGACUGUUUCGAGAAAGUGAUGGAGCCUUUGCAGCUGAAAUAUACAUGUCCAGUGGUCUGUGAAAUAGGUGCCGGCUCAGGUGUCGUCACGGCGUUCCUCAAAUUGCAUAUAUUUCCUGAAGCUUUAUACCUAGCUACUGAUGUCAAUCCUACAGCAUGCUCCACGAUACGAGCCACACUCAGAAAGAAUAAGGCAGAAACUGCUUCUGGGUCUGUUUCUGUUCUCCAGAUGAGCCUAAUGUCUGGCAUAAGAGAAAAAGCUAUAGACAUUCUCUUAUUCAAUCCGCCUUACGUUCCAGCCGAAGAGGUUCCUGAGAUUCCGAAGACAGACAGCGACUACACAUGGCUCGACUUGGCGCUCCUAGGAGGUCCCGACGGAAUGGUGGUCACAUGGCAGGUUUUGGACCAUUUAGACGACCACUUAGCGCCAGGUGGAAUUGCUUUCAUACUAUUUUGUGCGAGAAACAAACCGGAGGAAGUUGCUUCCAUCAUGAGAAGUCGAGGAUGGCUCGUGGAGACAGUGAUACAUAGGAAGGCUGGAUGGGAGGUACUCAGUGUUCUUCUGUUUACCAGAGGUAGUGUUGAAGGAUAA